AUGGCGGACAUUGUUGUCGAAUCUGUGUCUUGUGAAUUAUGGCAAUCGAAGCUAAAACUGCUUGAAUCCCAGUAUGAAAAUACUAAAUUAUUGGUCAAUCAAGAUACUUUGGCAUGUCAAAAGUGGAAACGUGAGCUUGAUCUUUUGUUGAACGAAGAAAAACUUUAUCAACAGUCAAGAAAUGUUUGUAAACUAAAACGGACGAUCGAAGAAGCAAAUCAUGAAAUCAAAACAACAAAAGAGAAAGGGGAGGAGGACAAGAAGGCAAUUGAAGUAAGAAUUAAGGCCCAGUCAGAAGAGAAAAUUGCUGACCUUGAARACAACUACAAACAAGAAAAAGAUGCGCUUGAAAAGGAAAUAACACAUUUGAAGGAAACGAACAAUAAGAUGCAAUUGGAAAUAAAGGAAGUGGAAAGAAGGCUGCUAUCUGAGGGAGAUCAGAAGAUYAACAAACAACAAGAACAACAUGAAAAAAUAAAGGAGCAACUCUUUAAAGAUGUUAGUACUUGGAAGGAAAAACACGAAAAAGCAGAAAAAGUGAUAGAAGAACUGAAAGCAGAAAAUACAAAAAAUGUGCUUGCGAAGGAAAAUAUGGAAGAAGAGAUUAAAAUGAUAAGAAGAACUCUUAAGACAGAGACAGAUGAAAAACUCAUCCAACAAGUGRAAAAAUCUACCGAGGAAAAGUGUCAAUUGACUCAUGAACURCAAGAAUGGAAGGAAAAGCAUGCAAAAGCCYUGGCCGAAAUAGAAAAUCUAAACGCACAACUGUCAUCAAAGAAUGUUACAACUAAGGUUAAGUCCACUCAAACACAAGUCUGCAAAACACAUAGUAAAGGAGUCCUUGCUUGUAUCAAGAGUUGUGAAAAUGGGACUCAGGUGGAAAAGGAAUUCCUCCCAGAAUCAACAAGAGAAAGUGCUAUGUCUUCAUGUGAAGUUGAAGAGGAAACAGAUAAGCAAACAAUUGAAUCCCCAACAGAGAMACAAGCCCCUAUGACAAGGAGAGAGCAAAAAGAAACAAACAAUCCUGGUAAARCCGUUAAAAAAGGCAAAAGCACAAGUCAACCAAAGCAAAAUCAACAAAAUGUUGAUGAUGAAGCAAUCGAUGACCAAUAUCAAGAUGAUAGAGAAGAAAGCCAGCUAAAUGAAUGUCAGAAAACUAAAAAACAUCUUGAAAGUAAAGCACCUACAACUAUAUCUUCAGGCCAUAAACAAGUAAAACAAGUUGAGAAAUCWUUGAAUGAAAAAGGCAAACRCCAAAGAAAAAAAMGGAAAAGUAAAGCUGAAGAAGGGAAGAUAGGUGCUGAAACAUCGAAUAGGGAUGAACAGACAAUGCCAUGUCARUCAACUGAGUUUAUAAAGCCCUCAAACGAAGGRAAAARUUCURAGAAAAGAGGAAAGAAAACAGCCAAAGCAMCAAAAGASAAUAUCCCUGAAGAAGUUCCUKCAAAUGAUGAAAUCAUGGAAGAAGACACAGAGAAUCCAGGCAGCCAGCAACAAAGUAAAGUUUCAGAUAACAGCGAAACACAAAAGACAGUUCGUAAAAGAAAAGAACAUCCUGACCCAGAUGAGAURUCAAGUGACUCUUCGCCUGCCAAGAAAACUAAAACAAGUUUAUCAAACGAGAAUGAGAAUCUACAAAAGUCUCUACAAAAGGAAAAAAGUGAUGCGGAAAACCAAUCGAAAUCAAUGAAUUUCCAGGAAACAGUCACGAAAUCAGUAGAUUACACGGGAAAAGAUGUUGAAAAUCAUCAAAACCAAGCUAAUGGAUCUCUUAAAGAGAAAAAUGCCCCACGAAAUAAAAGCAUACUUACAAAGCACCCGUUAUAUCGACCAUCAACGAGUAUCCGACAAUCGACCGCCUUGGAUAUGUCCAGUGCAUUGAAUAAAACCAAACCCCCAKUAUAUCGACCAUCGAUGAGUAUCCGACAAUCCAGUGCUUCAGAUGUGUCCAGUGUUCUAAAUGGUACCAAGAGACGAACGCUUUACAACUCCAAGGCGGACAAUUCUUUGAUGAUAUCAAUGCUUCCAUUACAGGAAUCUUUUAUGAACACGACAAUCUCACGAGGAAAGAAGUCUAAUGGAGCAAUGCCGGCAUCUUUAAGUGCCUUCUURAAAAGUUUUACAGCGCCAAAGCUUAAAAAGAACACGACUGCCUGAUUCGAGUUGCUUUUGGAACAGCCGUGAUGUUAAGCUACGCCGAUGUGAAAAUUGUGAAGAAAAUUGUAUUUUAGAAUGAUAGAUAGUGUUGCUUUCAUCAACCCGUGAAACAUAGUCGCUCAGAUUCAAACCAAAGUGAAAAUAAUCACCCUUAAAACUGUGAAACAGAAUGUUAUACACACAAGACAAAUUAACAACUAGUAGUCAUAUAAAAAUAUAUCAACCUGUGAAACAAAAAUAAAUAAGGAAGUUGUAAUAGUCAAUUAGGGACAAAGAAAACAGUGAAAGGGGACGUUUUUUAUGCAUUUUAGUCUUACGCCGAAGCCUUGGUUUUGUGUCUCGAAGUUUCACAGAAGUAAAUACAUUCAAUUGUGUUUCACGGAUUUAUGAUCCGAUUGUUAGUCAAUUUGUGAAACUUCAGGGUGUUGAAUUUUAGCUAAUAGCAUGUAAAUAUAGUAGUAGGAUACUCAAUGCAGAGUAAAAUGUUGAAUUUUACCUUGUAGGAAUAAAACGUGGUUUUCACUAGAGACGCAAAUACAAAUGCAGAAUCAAACUUGCUCUUGCGUCGCUAGUGAGGCUUAAAACCGCAAGUAAUGGUAGUUAUAAUUAACUUCCAUCAAAAGAACAUGCAUUCACAUUUGUAAACCUUUAUAAAGUGUUGGAUUUUAAUUUUAUUAAUAUUUGUGUAAAUAUUAGUUCGAUUUUCUGUAAUUAUAAGUGUAAAAUUGUAUCCUCAGUAAACAUUGAAAAUUUUAAAUCAACACCUUGGAUUAUAUUUCCUGACUUUGAUGACCUCGCAAAAACAACGGAUUUAUUUUUCUCCCUCCAGAACUAUUUGUUACUAACGAAAAGCAAAUAUUCCUCUAUUGUUUUUAUACUAUACGGAUAUCUUGACCUUUCGAUCAAUAAACGCAGGKACCACGCCCUUAUUAAUACUUGGUCCUGUUCUAGAAAUUCCAUAUGUGAAGGUCUUUUAUAGUAGGCUCGUGCAAGAAAUAAGCGAAAUCUAAUAAAUGGCGAAAACCUAAUGUUAUCUAUACCUUA